AUGUCUAAUAUGAAGAAUGAUUCGUUAAAGGAUCCACAAUUUAUAUCUCUAUAUUCCACAUUAGAUGAUCCAGAGAUAGAUAUAAAAAAGAAAUUGAACCAACUUACAAAAUUUAAAGGUCACGUUAAAAAAGAAUUUAUCAAUAUAGAAAAUAUACCCACUUAUAUCGAUGCCCUUUUACUUAUUCCUCAAAAAUUUAAAGAUUCUACAGAAACUUUAUUCUUAGGGCAUUCAUGUCUAUGUUAUUUAAUUAAAAGAAUAGCAAUUCAAUCUCCAGAAUCAUUGUCAUUGCCUCUAAUAACAAAUUUAAUUAAUCACAUAAUAGAGUUACACACUUUAGAAAAUAUGCAAAAUUCAUCAUCAUCAUCAUCAUCACAUAAUAUUAAAAAGUUUUGGCUUUUAACAAUCAAAAUUUUAGAAUCUUGUUAUAAGAUAAAUCCAAUAUAUACCGAAGAUUCAAUUAAACAACGUUUAGAGAGAGAGGUUGUUGAUACGAUAGACAAAUCCUCAAACGAUAUUCAUAUACUGAACAGGAUGAAAAUUAUAUUAUUCAUUAUAAAUGAAUUGUGUCAAAUAAAACAAAAUAAUAAUCAGGACCCGAUAUCAUCUUUAAAAUUGUUUAACCCUGUCGUACUUAAAUUUUUGAAUAAUAUAACCGAUCAAAAUCUCAAUGAUAAGAAUAAUGUUAAUAGUAUUGUUGAAUUACUCAGUGAUAUAUUUAGAAAACAUGUUAAUCAAUCAGAUUUUGAAGAUUUUGUUAGAAAUAUUACAAAUAACUCAAUUAGAAGCAUAUUUUCGCAGGAAUAUCAACAACCUGAUUCCCAUUCUGAUAACAUAUUUGACACAGAGGACGAACUACAAUCAAUACUCAAUGAGGCUAAACCACCUCACCAAUUAUUGACAAGCAAUGCCGAUCUAUCACACACUCCUUCCUUAUUGUAUACAUCAUUAGACCAAUUAUCAGAUGAUUUGGAAAAUUUACUGGAAACAUUUCAUAACCCUAAAGAAACAGAACAAAACUGGAAAAUUAGACAAAGUAACAUUAUAAAAAUUAGAAAUAUAUUUAUUUUAAAUGAUAAAUUAAUCCUUGAAGAAAGGACCGAAUUUGUUAAUAUUCUGAAGAACUUAAGUUUUGUCGAUUGCAUAUCUAAAACAGCAUUAUCAUUAAGAACCACCCUUUCACUUAACACUUGUCAACUAAUAAAAGAUUUAAUAUUGAUGCUAAAGGAUGGUCUCACUAUUACAAUCCUAGACCAUUUAUUUACCACACUAAAAACACUAUUAGCAUCCACAAAAAAGUUGUCAUCCCAAAUGGGUUAUUUUUGUAUACUCAUUAUGUUUUUAAAUGUAGACUUCCAUAGUAAGUUAUUCCAUGACAGUCUUUUACUUAUCAACGAAAAAAAUAUUAUCCAAAGAAAUACUUCUGCAAUAUUAUUACGAAUUAUUUUAAUAAAAUCUAAUCAUACAUCAAAGCUAGAAACCAAUCUUGUUUACAUAGAGGAAUGGAUACGAAAAGGGAUAUCAGAUGCACAAACACAAGUAAGGGAGUCCAUGAGGAUCACAUUUUGGUACUACUAUAAAGCUUAUCCAGUAAAUGCUAAAAACCUACUCAAUAACUCAUUUUCUACACAACUGAAAAAAGCCAUAGAACUUGCUAUUCCACAACAUCUUGAUAUCGAUUUUAAAAGACAGUAUCAAGGCACAUUUUCAAAUUCGUCUUCUAAGAACAGCUCCCGUAGAUCCAGUUUGUUGAGUUCUCAUCUCCAAAAUAGUACAUCGAUGAGUCGAAAGUUUCCAAGUUAUGCACAACCAACACAAUCAUCUAUUUCUCAAAAAAGUAAAUCGGGCAUGAUUCGUUCAAAUAGAUCUACAAGCGAAAUGACAACUAAUACUCGGGGUUCAACAAUUGCUGAGGCUGUGGAGAAUAAGCGACUCAAGACUAACGAUGGUACGAUAAUCAAAAGAAAAACGAGUGCACCUAUAUCUAGUAAAAUCACACACAACGAUACCAAUUCGAACCAACUAGAUCUUACUGAUGAACUCCCUAAUCCCCAAUCAAUAUCAUUAAUUAAUAAAUACAUGGAUAUGAAUGUACCGGACAUUAAUUCACAAACUAAUAAAAAAUUGGAUACAUAUCAAAGUAACGAAGUUCUAGAUAAACUUUAUUCGUAUGCAAGUAACGAAAAAGAACCUAGAGAAUUUUUACAACUACUACAGAACUACAUACUAAUACCUAAAAGUAAAAUAACCGAUAGACUAGAUUUCAAAAAAAUUACGCCCUCUCUCAAAAAAUUAAUUGUGAAACAACCAUCUGAUUUCAAAUCAUUACUAUCUAUUCAACUCUUUGUUACCAAUAUACCCUUAUCAGAUAUCAUAAUACUAUACGCAAUAAAUAAUAUAGGACCAACGGAACUUCUUAAAAAACUCGAUAUUGCAACCACAAACGAUACGACCAAGAUUUUAAAUCAUAUCGGAGAUUUACUCGUUACUUUAACAGUUUCCUCAGACCCCUCAACAUCCAUAUUUUAUAUGAAACAUAGAGGCCUAAUUUACAAUUUCAUUUUAAAUGUGUUAUAUGAAUUUUUGUCAGAUGAUAAUACAAGAAAGUUAAUUACAGAGGAUGCAUUCAACAGUAUUAUUAUUAACUUGUUUAAAAUGUAUGGCAAUGAGUUGGAUAAUCAAUUAUUUUUUGAUCUACUAUAUAAUUGUUAUCUUUUUAAUGAUCAAACAUUUAUUAAACAUUUAAAAGAACUCCAGUUCGUCUCUAUCAAAUUGAAAAUAUCAGAUGAACUACAGCUAAGGGAUAAGAACCUAAAGCUAAAUGACAUAAUUUUGGGCGGAAAAGGCGACGGUGGCAUUAGCGAUGAUAAAGCACCUAAGGAUCAAGGUACUGAACAUGUUGCCGCACACGAUGAAUACAAUAAACGAGAUAACUUAAGUGAUAGCGAAGUUGAAGAAAAUGACCCAGAAAUCAAAAGAUAUAUGGAAAUGACGAUGGUGAAUCCGUUCAAACAACAGCGAUCAAUUAGCAGUGAAAGUGUUGUUCAUAACCCUGAACUUACUGCCAAGGAGAAUAACGACCAGAAUGUUGAAAUCAGCUCAGACCAAACUGGUUUUACAACAGCCAACCCUAGACUGUAUGAAAUGACAAAAAUAGUUAGUGUUUAUCAAAAUACAGAUCGGGCUCAUAAUAUUACGGUAGAUCCUGAUACCAAAUCUGAUGAUGUAAAAAUAAAAGAAGACGAACCCACAGAUAUGGGUCUCAGUGACAUUUUCCAAGAUGGAGCUAAUAAAAUCAAACAAGGAAAUAUUAGCGCAAACUCAGUCAAAGGUAUAUUGAAUGAAAAUAAUAAUAUCAAAACUGAGGAGGAUGAACAUACUGUCAAAUUUACUGAUAAUUCUCCAGAAAUAAUAGGAGAAGAAAAUGAGAGACCUCCUUUCGAUAUCAAAGAACUAUCUGAGCCAAAGAAAUCGAUAAAGAUAACAAAUGCUACAACACCUUCUGUUGUCGAUGUUGGAAACGUGACUACUGAGGAUUCAAAGGAUUAUUCAUUAUCCUUUGUUAUUUCUUAUCCCAUAUUACAUAAGUUCGAAAAUUGCCCUGUUACACAAUAUGAAUUAGCCAAAGUUAUUAGUAGAAGAAAACGUCCUCUUCAAUCCGUGGACAAUCAUGAAUUAGUAAACACAGAUUUGAAACAAUUACAAAAAGGUAUUAGCAGAAUACAAAGUGGGACAUUUACAAUUAAACAUUUAAACCAUUUGAUCGAACCUUUGGCGACAUUUGACUCAUCCAAUACAGCACUAUUAUCAUGGCUCAAUGAAAAAUCUGGCUAUGAUCAACUUUUGUCAUUAUCUUUGAUGUUGUUACAAUCGAUGGAUGAGGCAUCCUUGAUACCGACAAUUAUGACACGGAAAGCUCUGCUAUUGAUCCAAUGUAUCCUAGCAAUCAACGAAUAUAAUGAAAGAAGUAUUAAUAAUUUUGACAUUGGUGCUAUAAAUGGAAUAUGGACACAGUUCACCAUAAUGGUUGAUAAAUUGCUGCAUUUUACAAAUGAAAUAUAUCUAUUAAUAUGCGAAACGAGAUCGACACUAAUAAGAUUGAAUUAUUUCAAACCCAAAUCAGUUACUAGUAUCCUCAGCUCACUGGUUACAGAACUCCCAGAAGAUACAACUGAUGAUGACUAUAGAAACGAAUUUGACGAAACUAAGAUAAUAGGUAACUUGUUAACCGAGAACAAUAUUAGCUAUAACGCUAUUGAUAAGUUAAGGUUGAAAAUUGGUUUAAAACAGUCAUUCAUGAUAAGCACAAUCAUCGGUGUUCUACAAACGAAACCGAACGAGUUCAAGACGUUUCAAUUAUCAGAAAUCAUCCAAACAAUGUCGUUCUUUGUUAGAAAGACUAAUUCUGAUUGGAGGUAUAAUAGUAUAUCAGUAGCUGUGGAAAUCUUCAAGAUCCUCUAUACUAGGGAGAACAAGAAUUUGCAAGAGAUUAACCAAAUAUUUUCAUGCUUAGAUACGGAAACAUAUAAACUAAUCAGAAUUAUGGGACAACCUAUGUAA